UUUGUUUAUGAUUUUGGACACAAGACACCAAAUUUAUUUGUGGUGAAACUGAAGGAUUAUCUCGAUGGAUUUUGGUUGGAGGUUAUCCCUGAUAUAACUGCCCUAUACACAUCAUUACAAGAGGUUUCCUCCAACAAAACAAGCAAAGACACAGAUUUUGUAGGUUAUCUGCCUUUGGAGAUUCUAACAAAAGGUAUCAAGUCAGGCAAAUAUCAGCAAGGAUUUUUGCAAGUGAACAAAAGUAACGCUUCACAGGAGGCCUUCAUUAAAAGGACUAAGGUAGAUUUGACAGAUGACAGUGGUUUGGAUAUUCUCAUCUUUGGUAUGACAGCUAGAAACAGAGCAGUUCAUGGAGAUCUUGUUGUCGUGGAAAUUUUACCCAAAUCUCAGUGGCAGAGUCGGUCAAAUGCCAUAUCUGAACCUACAAAAGAGGAGAAAGGAGAUGGGGAUAAAGUGACGCCAGUGUCAGACAAAUCAGAUACCAUGCCAACAGGGAAAGUUGUUGGUGUACUACAGAGAAACUGGAGGGAAUAUGUGGCCUGUUUCUCCCAGGAUGAGGAGACAGGCAGGGGAGAUAAAAAAGCUGGGAAAGUUUUGGUUAUACCAUGGGAUUAUAGAAUACCCAAGAUUAGGAUUAGCACUCGACAAGUUGAUGCCCUCAGAGAUCACAGGAUUAUUGUGCGUAUCGACAACUGGGAAGUAGAGUCUAUGUACCCUAAUGGUCAUUUUGUACGAAGUUUGGGCAAGAUUGGUGACCUUGAGGCAGAGGUCGCCGCUAUACUGGUGGAGAAUGAUUUACGUGUUCCACCAUUCUCGGAGGCACAGUUGAACGAGUUACCAAAAGACACUACACAGAACCCGUGGAAGAUGUUGGAGGCGGAGGUAAACGAUCGUCGAGAUCUACGCAAAUCUCAUCUCAUCUUUAGUAUUGACCCCAAAGGUUGCGAGGAUGUUGAUGACACACUGUCUGUUAAGAGACUGGAGAAUGGUUUAAUUUUAGAGCUAGGUGUACAUAUUGCUGAUGUGACGUAUUUUGUACCUCCGAAUUUUCUGACUGAUCGAGGCUCAAGUCGUUCAACUACGGUAUACCUUGCUGAUAGACGUUAUGACAUGUUACCUGGGGUGUUGAGUGCUAAUUUGUGUUCACUGGUCAGCGGAGUUGAUAGACAUUUUUUUUUAGAUACAAAAAAAGGCAUGUGUAUGCUGGCUCAGGCAAUGCAUGAUGGGAUUAUAGAUGCUGAGGUUGUUAGAAAUAUCCCAGAGUUACAUGAUCUAUGGGGAGAGGAGCUUGAAGUCAGGUUGCAAGAACUUCGUGAGUCUAUUGAUAUGUUGAUGGCAGUAGCUCGUGGUCUGAAGGCAAGGCGGGUAAAAAGCGGUGCACUUGAACUAGAAAGUGUUGAGGUUCAGGUGCAACUCAGUGAAACAAAGAGCAUUGAAAACUUGAACCCUAAAGAGUUGAGGCAUCAUCCAUUACCAAAAGAAGAGCAGUUUAGUAAUUUAAGGAAUUGUGCAUCGUCUCGGAACUUCAAUAUAGAAACAUCGUCCAAUAAACAGCUGGCAGAAUCUCUGGAUAGAUGUGUGGAUAAAAAUGAUCCAGUGGUUAACAAGUUACUCAGAUCACUGGACUACUCAGGAUGUUUCUAAUGAGAAUAAAUUUCUGGCAGGGAUUUUGGCCGAGACCAGUUUUUUCCAUUAGUCUGGCUUCUUGAUUUUACACCAUUUCAACAUUUCCCAAUCAGAAGAUACGCCGAUGUUAUCGUUCACAGGCAGCUUCUAGAGGCAGUUAAGAAGGAGAGAACAACUUCCUUACCAACAUGUACACAACUGGAGGAGUUGAGUCAGCAUAUUAAUAAGAAACAUAGGUCAUCACAGUAUGCCCAGCGAGAAUCUCAGGAGCUGUUUCAGUGUUUGUAUUUCCGAGGACGAGGGACGGAAGAUGAGAACUGUAUCGUAGAUGCCGUUAUCUUUCAACUACGAGCCAAUGGCUUGUUUGUCUUUGUUCCAAGAUAUGGUAUAAAAGGUCCAGUUUAUUUGAAGAGUAAAGAGGGCCAGGUGUUGUACGUGACAGACACAGACGAGGUGGAAUGGACGGGCGGCAGUGUCACAAAACAUGACACAUACUUUGUAGUGGAUAGUGUACUUGGUCAACAAAAAUAUCAUCUUUUAGAUCAUAUAACUGUAAAACUAAGUUUAAAUGAUUCCUGGGCCCAUGCUUCAUCACUCAGACUAGAACUCUUGUCUAAUAAACCACAUAAAAAGCCUCUCACUGACAUGGAGGAUGUUGCUAAGCAACAGAAAGCAUCUAUCAUACAGGAGGUUUCUUCAGAAGCUGUUGAAAAACGUUUACAGCUAGAGUCGUAUGACCUUGGUGAAAAUUUCCCGCAGCUCAAAAGUCAGUAUGGCCAAUCAGAUGACAGCAUGUAUCACCUGUUUACAUCAUUGAAGGCGACUGCUUUAAACUGUGACAUAUAAGUGACAAGUUGUGUAGUGUGCAAGGCCAAGUUUUAAAUAGAAGGCA